UCAAUCACACAGACAGGGUUUAAUAUCAACACUCAUCAGAGCAUCAUCUGGCUUUUACUCAGUGGGAGUUAUGUUUUAGGCUUGGGUGUGUGUGAGGUUGAAAUGAAAGAAAACACCACACACAUGUGCUCACAUUUCCACACAUCACACAUACACAUAUAUAUGCACAUGUAUGCACACACACAAUUUCUGUCAUCUGUCUACCUACUUAUCUUUUGGCCAGAUUCCUGGGACUCCUGAAUGAGCUUGCCUCCAUAUGAGAACUGAGAACAAGAGAAUGGGAGAGAGAGAACAAUGUGGUCCAUUUUUCCUCAGUGACACAGAAAAGAGGCUUUGGAUACAUUUCAUCUUGCUGUUCAGUCGACAAGGGAAAUUACGGCUGCAGAAAUGGUACACCACUCUCCCUGACAAAGAGAGGAAAAAAAUCACCCGGGAAAUUGUUCAGAUUGUUCUCUCUCGAGGUCAUCGAACAAGCAGUUUCAUUGACUGGAAGGAGCUGAAACUUGUUUAUAAAAGGUAUGCUAGUUUAUAUUUUUGCUGUGCAGUAGAGAAUCAAGAUAAUGAGCUCUUGACACUAGAGAUUGUACAUCGUUAUGUGGAGUUGCUGGACAAGUACUUUGGAAAUGUCUGUGAGCUGGAUAUCAUCUUUAACUUUGAAAAGGCGUAUUUUAUCCUCGAUGAAUUUAUAAUAGGUGGAGAAAUUCAGGAAACGUCCAAGAAAACAGCUGUCAAGGCCAUUGAAGAGUCGGACAUGUUACAGGAGACAAUGGAAGAAUACAUGAACAAACCUACAUUUUAACUGUCCAUCUAUCUACUUGAAGACGCCAAGUGCUACAAGUUGUGAAUUUUAAAGUACUCAAUGUUUUGUAUCCAGUCCAGAUAGCCUCUGAAACCAUGCCACAAA